AUGCUCAAUUUCAUAUCUCAGGCGUCUCCGGAUUUUCUACUUAUUGGAAGUUUAGUAUUUGGCGGCUGUUGUAGCAAUGUGAUCGCGUUGGAGUUAUUGGUCGGUGAUGCGCCUAAAAGUGGAAACUUGAUCACAUUAGCACAAUUCACUUUCGUAGCGCUAGAAGGUCUUCGUCAUCAUCUAAAAUUCACACCCGACUCAUGGAUUCCAACACUGAAGCCACGUAUUGUACCAUUCUUUAAUUGGUCAUUACUGGUAGCGAUGUUUUUCACAGUAUCAGUUUUGAAUAAUAUCGCAUUGGGAUUUAGAAUUUCUGUACCGUUACAUAUCAUUUUUCGGAGUGGUAGUUUGAUUGUUAGUAUGUUGCUUGGAUGGGCUGAACAAGAUUUAGUUAACGCUAGUGACUAUGCUAUUGGGAUAACUUUGCUUUCGAUCGCACUAAUAUUAUCAUGUAUUAUGGGACUAUAUCAAGAAGUCACAUAUUCAAAGCAUGGUAGUGAUUGGCGGGAAGGUUUAUUUUAUACACAUGUUCUGGCGCUUCCGAUGUUUUUGGUUUUCUAUUCAGAUAUCAAACAUCAAGUAUAUUUAUUCAAUGACACGGAAAAAAUUUCUUUAUCGAUUGCAUUCGAUUCUAUACCAGGUGGAACGAUGUUAGUUCCUGAGAUUAUACGAACAGUUAUCGGAGAUUAUAAAGUCCCGAGAUUGUGGUUAUAUCUGAUUCUUAACGUGUUAACUCAAUAUGUGUGCGUAUCCGGCGUUCAUCGUCUGAACUCUGUAUCAACAGCGCUCACAUUGAAUUUAGUACUGAACCUUCGCAAAUUUACAUCACUCAUGAUUUCUGUUUGGUACUUCGACAAUGAAUUCACAAUUGGCAUGAUGUUUGGUGGAAGUUUGGUAUUUCUUGGUACAUUUUUAUAUUCUAUUGGUAGUAUAAGAUCAAUAACAAAGACAAAAGUUAAAGAACUUGUGAAUGAAGACACUUUGUUGGAAGACAACUAA